AUGACUAUGAGCUCACCAGUACUCGCUUCACCCGAAGAAGGAAAGAAAAGGCGGACGAAACUGAUCCGAUUGAGAAAUGGACACUACAGAAGAAUCGUUGACAUAUCCACUACUGAGGAAAGAAAAUUAAUUCCCAAUAUAUGUAGUUGUGUUUGCGUUACCCCACGAAAGGAUGAUUCUGAGAACGAAGGAAAAUGGGAAGACCUGAAAAAUGCCAAGAGGUCAAAGGAGUACGACGAGAAGAGCGAUUACAUGGAAUCCGAAAAGAAAGAAUCGUACACGGUUGCGAUAAAUGAGGACCAAACAGAGAACCUGUAUUCUAAAACAAUUUCCUUCACAUCUGUUACGCCUACUAGCGUAAGGAGUGAGGAAGCAGAAUCUCGCAGGAAACAGUCCCCGUUGGAUGCGAAGGAAGAAGAGGAAGCGGAAGAGAAGGAAGAAACCGAAGAAGAAAUCGAAGAGGAAGAAAUAGAAUCUACUGAUGAUGAAAAAGAGGAGGAAAAAAAAGAAAUUAUACCUGAAGCAAAGAAACUAAUAGAACCAUCCAAAACGCUGAUGAGAGGAACGAAGACAAACAUUUAUUUCCUUUCGAAUAAAGAAAUGGUACAGACUUUAAUGUGUUACAAUUACAAUUGCAAUGCUGUGGUCUUCGAAAAAGACACAUAUCUAAGGUACCUUUACAUGAAGUCUAUCAGUAAUAUUAUACUGAAUGAGCGCAUGAUUGACGAGCUGUGCAAACAGGAGGAUUUAAAAUAUGUCCUAACCAGCAAUGCUAUAGUUUUAGAAUCUACAGAUUUUCUCAAGCCACUAAUUAUAGAAUUUGAGUCGUCCAUUUCGAAGAGAGUAUUUGUCAGACAUCUCAAGCACAAUGCAAAAAAAGAAAUAGACAUAAAAAAGUACCACGACUACUUGGGCGAACUUAACAACCACGAAAAAAUACGUCUCAUGAAGAUUGAAAGGUUCCACUCUUUCAAUAAGAUGAUCCAGAGCCACUGA